GGUCGACCGCGAGCGGCGAGAGACGGAACGACCGUCAGUGUCCAAGCAAAAUGGCGAGUGUGAUGGCGGUUCGCGACGGUUCGCGGCGUGUUUCGUUGACGCUCGCGAUUUUCUGAACGGCACGUACGUAAUGAUGUGAUCCACGUGACUCGCGUUGACUUUUGCGGCAAACGUGUGAUCGUCGAUUGGCGAGUCGAACUGGCCGUCGCGCGUAUUUUCAUCGGUAUAACACAUCCGCACGUCCAGCGUGACCAGUGUGUGACCAGAGACACAGUCGAUCGGGGAGCAGACGUCACAAACACCCUCCCGUGUCGGACGAUCGACGGGGUGACGUCGACGGGGUGCGAAAUUUUCCGGAGCUAAUCAUACACCCAGAUGACGCAAUGACGCUACAUUGGUGGAUGCAUUGGUUCUGGGUUACUGCGCAAUUUCUCGUGAUCCUCGGAAGCCCCUUGGCGUCUACCACAUCGGACCCCAUUCACCAGCCGCAGCUGACGUCCUCGUCGAUCGAGAGCGAGGAUACCUAUCGUACUUCCAAGUCACCAGCCAGAGCGAGCUUCCGCAUCGCCAAAGCCAUCGGCCUUUACCCGCAGACAAACACGGCCGUCGUGUUAGACAGGCAACCCAUCACCACCGUCACCUCGGCGUCGCUGGAACGCGCUGGAAGCACCGUCGAGCAGCCGAGCAUCCGCGACGGCGAAACCGCCGCCGCCGCCGCCGAAUUGACCUUCCGCGGGAACACUUCCAACGUCGAGACCGCUGGCACAAUUGUGCCGCAGCGCGCGGCCGAAAACGUCGAGAGGAUCAGGAAUUCAACUUCGAAGAAGGACAGCAAAAUCAGGUGGGUCCUGACGACGAGCAAGUCGGCUGGAUCCAAGUACGACCAGGAAGAGAGGAACCAGUCGAACAGCGCCGGCAGAAACGUCAGCUUCGACGAGGUCGAGGAUCUCACGGUGUUACCUCUGCAGGAGGAAAUGCCCAAGGCAGACCCGAUGUUGAACAGGACGAGGUCCGCCUUCAUGGCGUCCUUGGCGGUCGGCGGCGCUGGUAACGCCGCGAUCAGGACGUUCAAUCGGUCCGAGGAUGACGUCGACAUUGGCGAGGAAGUGGCCCAGACGCCGCAGCAUCUCGCUACAGCGGCGUCGAUCCUCGAAGUUGGCGUGAGCGAAUCCACUCGUUUGAGCAGAGCGAGGAACACUUUCAUCACGCAGCACUUCCAGAGAAAUCAAGUGCAAGGAGACAAUCAGUCUGCCGAUUACGUUGCCGAUAAUAACAGCGACAACGCCAAACAAGGCUCGACGAGAUCCGCCGCGGAUAUAGCCGCUAUUACAGGCAGUUGUUUAGCGACUGUGGCCCUGCUCAGUACGAUGGGUAGUCUUGGAUUCAUUAUGUACAGGCGCAAAUACUUGAAUCCUCCGCAAACGUUGAACAGUGAUAAAUGCAGCAAUCCCGAUAGCUCCGGUUACAUCGAUGAUUCCACCAUUCGCGACAACUCCGAGGAAAUGUACAGUUUGGAUAACGACUCGUUCCUAAAUUCGCUGGAGGCGAUGACAAUACAGAAUUACUGGACAGACAGUGUGAAGCAUACGAAGCUAUGACAAAAAAGGAUAACUCAUCCCGGAAAGAGAAUCGAAUCGUUCAACAUUUCCGACGGUGAAGCACACGAGCAAAUCUCUCUGCUCGAGCAAUAGUACUUAGACACACGUCCGGGACGGUACGGCUGUGAGCCGCGCGACGAGUCCCGUCGCCAAACACGGUAGGUGCGCGUCGCACGAAAAUUCACUUGUCCAGUCCCGGCGGGCUGCGUCAAGUGGCUCGAUACGUUGUUACCAUUUUGCGACGCGGCGCUAGUAAUUGCAGAUCAAAAGUACGGAGCGCGAUGUAUCUGUACGUGUCGUUUCUCGGGUGUUGAUUUACGUCACUUCCAUCGUCUCUAUAUUUUUCUACCACGCAUGCAGUUGGCAAGGUCGCGCAGUUAGGCAGGAAGUGGCGCAACUGUCCUUCAAGUAUCUCCAUUAAUGAUAUAGUGCAAUAAAUGAGAUGAAGUCGAUGUACUUUAUUAUUAAAUUAAUGAUUUGAUAAUGAUACCGCUCUAGAGAAGUAAGUACAAAUAAGACUAUAUAUUAGUCCAUUGCUAGAGUUCCCGCUGAGAUAAAAAAGUAAAGAAAUAACUUAAUGAGAAUUGCGAAGAUUAAUCCUUAGAGAGGAGUAUUUAAAGUACAAUAUCUUGAAUGCGAAUUGGAACUCGUAUGUACAAUUGUACUUAACAAUGUCUUUUUGAUCUUGAAUCGCGCGCGCACGCGCCAACGCCAGUCUCUGUUACAAUUCCACUUCGAAAUUACAUCACGAUUCAGGCGAUUAGCACAGCCAUGUUUGACAGUCGCUUCAAUCAGAUAGCUUAAAUAUUUUCGAAUAUUACGGAUUUACGAACGAGAGAUCGGACCAAAUAUAUACGUAGAUCUAGCUUUAUGCCUUCAUGACAUAUCCAGCUGAAACGAUUGAUUCAUGUUUUCCAUUACUAAGUCUAGCUUGUACUUAUGUACAUACAUACACGCAAUCGUAACGUUUUAUGUAUAGAUGUGCAAAUCCGAUGUCGCGCCAGCGUGUGUGGCGUGAUUAAUUUUAAGUAGCUUUAGCGUCUGUCGGCAGAUAUAUUUCUAUACAUCCGAAAAAAGCGGGUAAAAAGACACAGAGAGAGAAAGAAAGAAAGAGAGAGAGAGAGAGAGAGAGAGAGAGAGAGAGAGAGAGAGAGAGAGAGAGAGAAAAUUGUGAUAGUUCGUGGCGUCAAAUGAAUGUCAAAUUAUCGUCGGCUCUUUUAUGGUAACGGUGUGAAUAAACACACACACACACACACGUUCGUGUAUUAUACACUACUGCCGUCUCCAUCUUCACUCGGGAAUUUUGUUUUGAAAAAAACGCCCGGUUGUUUCGGUUGAAGUUAAUUGGCGGAGAGAUAGUCGUCCAAAAUUGUUGUGAGUUCAAUAUUUACGAUGCUUAUUUUAUAAUUAUUGUACAUAUAUAUAAUAUAAAUAUAGUUUUAAUAAAUAAAAUAUAGCCUAGCCAGUAGAGGCGGAAAACUAUUA